UCUCGAUCGAGGAGGUUUGACUGACCUGUAGUGUCAUUAUAUGUCCCAUGCACACAUAUACUCUUACUAUAGGAGUAGCUCCCAAGUCAGUGUCCACCAUUAUUCACUCGAGCUAGCUAAGUGAUCAAGCCAGUAAGUAAGUAGGAGAUGAAAAUGGGCAGGAGGAACGACAAGGGUAAGAGGCUUGUGGGCAGGGCAAUAGCAAGGGCUAUCGUGUGGCUUAUGCUUCCUGUCCUCGUCUUCCUCGUCCUCAACUCCGAUUACAUGCCGCAGGUUCCUCUUCAAGCAACAACUCUUUAUUUGGUCGCUCAUGCACCACCUUCUUCCGCAUCAAGCGAGAAGACGGCCGUCCAUGGAACACCUUCUCCCGCAACAAGCAAGCAGACGCCCGGCGAGGCACCACCUUCUCCCGCAACGUUAACAAGCGACCAGACGCCCGGCGAGGCCGUCCAUGGACCACCUUCUCCCGCAACAAGCGACCAGACGCCGGUCAUGGCCGUCGAUGCACCGCCGUCCCCAGUAGCAUCACGCGACGAGAAACCCGGUGAUAUUGUCGGCGCGAACAAAAGUCAAGGCGAGCUCACCCGUCAAGGAGAUGUGGCAGCACCAAGAAGCAAGUCAAUUUGCGACUUCAGCAGUGAACGGACGGACAUAUGUGCCAUGCAAGGCGAUGUCCGAAUGCACGGCAAAUCCGCCACCGUGUACGUCGUCUCGGCGUCCGACGACAGCUACCGACCAGAGAACGGGACGGUGAAGAUCCGCCCGUACCCGCGCAAGUCGGAGGAAGGAACCAUGCAUUCUGUCCGGGAGGUGACCAUCCGUUGGAGCGGGCCGGAAGAUGCGCCACGGUGCACGGUGACACACGACGUCCCCGCGGUGGUCUUCUCCACCGGCGCCUACCUCGACAACUUUUUCCACGCCAUGACCGACGGCAUCAUCCCUCUCUUCAACACUGUGCGGGAGUACGAAGGCCGCGUCCAGCUCGUGGUCACCGACUACAACCGUAAGUGGGUUGAUAAGUUCCAAGGCAUCCUUGGCGCGCUUUCCAUGUACCCCGUCAUCGACUUCGAUGCCGACGACACGGUGCGUUGCUUCCCGUCGGUGCACGUUGGCACCAAGGGCCAUAAGGAGAUGGGGAUCAUCCCUGCUCUCUCCCGCAAGGGCUACACGAUGACAGACUUCCGGGCCUUCCUCCGGUCGGUCUACUCGCUGAAGCGUGAGUGGUCGGUCCCCGUAAACCGGACCUCCGGUGACCGGCCUCGUCUCCUCAUGGUGCUGCGCCGCAACUCGAGGGCGUUCGCGAAUGAGGCGGAGGCCGUGUCAGCUGCCACAGAGGUCGGCUUCGAGGUGGUGUUGGGGGCCCCGGAGGCUCUGAGCGACAUGGCCCGGUUCGCAGAGGUCGUGAACUCGUGCGAUGUGAUGGUGGGUGUGCAUGGGGCGGGGCUCACCAACCUUGUGUUCCUCCCGCACAACGCGACGUUGGUGCAGAUCGUCCCGUGGGGUGGCAUGAGCUGGGGGUCCAAUGCUGCCUUUGGUGCACCGUCGGCUGACAUGGGGCUCCGGUACGUCCAGUACGAGACGACCGCGGAGGAGACGACGCUCAAGUACAAAUACCCCAAGGAGCAUGCCAUCUUCACCGACGUUGCCUCCAUAAAGAGGCAGGGGUACCAUGUGACGUGGGAGCUCUUCCUCAACGGCCAAAACAUCACCCUCGACAUCGACCGCUACAAAGGGGUGUUGCAGAAAAUCUACCAGGAUAGUAUAUUGGUCGACCCUUCAUUUAACUAGAUCAUAAUUAGUGCCCUUGACGCAAAGACAUAAUGCAUCCGAGAAGCGACGCGGUCUAUAUGAAACAUGUUCUAUGCAUUAUUAGCAAAGUACGAUCUAAAUUUUGACAUGCGACAUUUGUUAACACUCAGGAUUAUAUACAUGAUAUGGUUCAAGUUCUCAAACGAUUUCUAUAAGUGCUACUUAAUAUUCCUGAAAA